GCUGACCCCAAAUCUCUCUCUCUUCUCUCUCUCUAUAUAUAUUUAUUUUCUUCUCUCGUGUCAUGUCAUGCAACAAGGAAGGUUAGCAUUAGGAAAUAGCACUCAUUCUAGCACAUAAAAAGGGAUUUUUAACCUUGCCUCUCUCUCUCACACACACCCCGACGAACCUUUAGCUAGCUCAUUCUCUCUCUGUCCAAAAUCACCACACAACAACGACCUCCGCUCAUCGCUAUUUAUCUGAUGACACUUUCAACGUUUUCUCCACCAGAUCUCUUGGAGACUCGGGUUUCUUAAGAAAGCCUGAGACUUUCUCUCUCUUUUUUUAGCCUUUUUGAACCUUGUGGUUUUGUGGGGUUUUGUUAUUAUUAUCAAUACCCAUCACUCAAAAUCCUAUAUCUUUUUUUUUAUUAUUAUUAUUAUUUCUUUGGUGUUUUUGGCUUAAAGAUCUCAUUUUGGCAUCUGGGUUUUGGUUGUUUUUUCGAGAGGAGGAGAAGAGGGAGAGUUUUUGAAAGGGGGGCAAACAUGGCUAAUGGGGUUGAGAGAGAGCUGGCGGUGUUGUUUAGUGAAGAAGAGUUGAGAGAGAUGAGUGGGGUCAAGAGAGGUGAAGAGUACAUAGAAGUGACGUGUGGGUGUACCAGCCAUAGAUAUGGCGAUGCUGUUGGUAGGCUUAGGGGUUUUAUCAAUGGUGAACUUGAAAUCACAUGUGAAUGCACUCCUGGUUGCGAUGAAGAUACGAUGACUCCUGCUGCAUUUGAAAAGCACUCUGGAAGAGAGACAGCUAGAAAAUGGAAGAACAAUGUCUGGGUCAUAGUUAAUGGGGAGAAGGUUCCAUUGUCAAAGACUGUGUUGCUCAAAUACUACAAUCAGGCCUCAAAAAAUGGCAAUGGAUCCCACAGGUCAAAUAAUGGACGAGUUUGUCACCGUGAUGAGUUUGUUCGCUGUAGUGAAUGUAAUAAGGAACGCAGGUUCCGAUUACGGACCAAAGAGGAGUGUCAGAUUCACCAUGAUGCUUUGGCUGAUGCGAACUGGAAAUGUGCUGAUAUGCCUUUUGACAAAAUAACAUGUGAUGAUGAUGAAGAACGAGCAAGUCGAAGGGUAUACAGAGGUUGCACCCGUUCUCCAACAUGCAAGGGCUGCACUUCCUGUGUGUGCUUUGGGUGUGAGAUCUGUCGUUUCCCAGAUUGCAGCUGCCAAACCUGCACUGACUUCACCAGGAAUGCAAAAGUUUGAGUUCAAAACAAUGAUGCUUUAGCAGUCCUGAUAUCCCCCUUUUAUUUGGCGCCUUUCCAUGGCAUUGUUGAGUAACAUUUUCUCAUGUUGAACUUGAAAUUCCAGUCUGUGAGUUAGGCAUUCGUUGUUCUCAUUGGCUGGUAUAGAACUUCAAAAUUUAGCAAUUUAUCUCAUUUAUUUUUUCUUUUACA